AGUUAUGAUGUGGCCGGACGACGAAAGCUGAGAGUGGACAUAUCAUUCAUAAGGAAACAGGUGGCCGCUUCUGACGCUGCUAUGGCUGAACGAGGAAAUGCUCUCUGCUUGUUUGAUGUGGACGGUACAUUGACAGCUGCUAGGCAGAAAGCUACUAGUGACAUGGCGGAGUUUUUGCAGAAUUUGAGCAAAAAAGUGAAGGUUGGCGUUGUCGGAGGAUCAGAUUUUGAGAAAAUUAAAGAACAGCUGGGAGAUGAUGUUGUUGAAAAGUUUGACUACGUGUUCGCUGAAAACGGCCUGGUGGCAUAUAAGGACGGAAAGUUUCUCUGCAAACAGAGCAUCCAUGCACACCUGGGAGAAGACCUAUUACAAGAAAUAAUAAACUAUUGCCUGGCAUAUAUUGCAAAACUGAAACUACCAAAGAAAAGGGGAACAUUUGUUGAAUUUCGAAAUGGAAUGCUGAAUGUUUCACCUAUUGGAAGGAAUUGCACCCAAGAGGAACGGAUUGAGUUCUAUGAAUUGGAUAAAAAAGAACAUUUUCGGGACAAGUUUGUUGCAGAUUUGCGAAAGGAGUUCGAAGGAAAAGGCCUCACGUUUUCAAUAGGUGGUCAGAUCAGCUUUGAUGUGUUUCCCAAUGGCUGGGACAAGACAUACUGCCUAGGAAUUCUUGAAAAGGAGGCAUUCUCCAAAAUCUACUUCUUUGGCGAUAAGACCAUGCCAGGCGGUAAUGACUAUGAAAUCUACACAGACCCAAGAACAAUUGGCCAUUCUGUGACAUCGCCUGAAGACACACAGAGGAUUUGUACAGAGUUAUUCUUGCAGUAAACAAUUCUACUUGAAUGGAUUUCAGCAGAGGUGUGGCAAUACUGGAGUAAUGUAAUAGGAGUUCUGAUUGGAAAUUGACUUUUUAGUAGUUUCAUAUCAAUGGUGAAGGAGUCAAUAUUAUCUAGUAAUUAUGACCAAUCUAUUUAUUUUAAUGAUUGAUUACUGCAAGGUUGCUCUCAUUUCGUUUUUUAUUUUUUUUCCUUCAAGCCAGUUAUCUAAAUAAGUGAUUAGAAACUGGUAUUUUUCAACUGCCUUAUUGCUAAUGAACUGAGUCUCUGAUGGUACCAAACAUCACCCAUAUGAGGUACUGACCCCAUGUUCUCUCAUGUAAAUAUAUUUGAAUUGACCACUAGGAUAGAAUUGUGUAGAGGGGCCUCACUUAAAUACAUCUUCCCCAAAAGAGAGAAACAUUUUCCAAUUCUUAGUCUGAAUGCUAUAACAGUAGCAGUUUAUGGUCUGUUCAGUUCUGGUGAAGAUAUGAGGAUGUAGACUUUGAUAUGUAUGAACCCUGCACAUGUUUGGACUUUUGGGAGGUAUUUCCAUCUCGCUGUCUACUUGGGUUAAACGUUUAGCCACAAACAUUAAUUUUUAAGCAUUUUUUUUUAAGAACAUUAUGCUUUGAUGCAAAAUGCCAUUAAGUUGCCUAUGAGAGUAAAGUGGCAGGUGUCUACUUAAAAAAAAUAUAUAUAUACGGG